AUUUUCAAUUCACUGAAGUCUCAAAUAUUACCAUAUUUGGUAUCAGAUCAGGACGACGGUUAUUUUACAAAUCAUUUCAAUCUUCUCAAAAGAGAAUUGGCAAAUUGAAGAAGAGGUGCAUUUUUCGGUGAAAAUUGGAACGAUUAUUCAUCGAAUCAAAGAAAAAUGCCAGGAAUAACAGAAGAAGACCAGAAAGCAAUGAUGAAAGCAUGUAAGGAAGAGGGUCUUCCUGGUUUAAAGCAGGUUAUUGUAGAGAACAGUAACAAGUGGGAGAAAGAACCGGUACGAAUUGCAGUGACAGGAAACUCGGGCGUUGGGAAAUCCAGUUUUAUCAAUACUUUCCGUGGACUAAAACCUACAGAUCCCGAUGCAGCCGCAGUCGGAACAACAGAAACUACAAUGGAAGUGAAGGCAUAUCCACAUCCCAAGCACAAAAACUUUGUCUUGUACGAUCUCCCCGGUGUGGGAACGCAGCAGUUUCCUCGCGAGUCCUACGUAGAGGAAGUUGACUUCAACAAGUACGACUUCUACAUGAUACUGUCUGCCACUCGUUUUACGGAAAACGAUGCGUGGCUCGGUCAGAAAGUAAAGGAGCAAGGGAAGAAGUUCUUCUUUGUGAGAACAAAAAUCGAUUUCGAUAUGUAUAACGAAAAGAAGGAUUCUGGGGAAAACUUCAACGAAGAAAGAAGCCUGCGGAAGAUACGAGAAGAUGCGGAACGCAAUCUUCGAGGUUUGAACGCAAAAGUUUAUCUGAUAUCAAAUGAACUUCGAAAAAUAAACCUGUUUGACUUUGAUCGAUUAAUGCAAGAUGUGAUUGAGGGAGCUCCGCAAGUGAAGAAAGAACCCAAAACGCAAUCAUAUAAAAGAACAAAAAUGUCAGGAAUAACAGAAGACGACCAGAAAGCUAUGAUCGAAGCAUUUAAGGAAAACGGUCUUCCUGGUUUAAAGCAGGUUAUUGUAGAGAACAGUAACAAGUGGGAGAAAAUACCGGUACGCAUUGCAGUGACUGAAGCUCGGGCGUUGGGAAAUCCAGUUUCAUCAAUACUUUCCGUGGAUUAAAACCUACAGAUCCCGAUGCAGCCGCAGUCGGAACAACAGAAACUACAAUGGAAGUGAAGGAAUAUCCACAUCCCAAGCACAAAAACUUUGUCUUGUACGACCUCCCCGGUGUGGGAACGCAGCAGUUUCCCCGCGAGUCCUACGUAGAGA